AUGCAUAUGAGUUCAAAUGAGAAUCCUAAUUGUAGAAGUGGGGGGCCUAUUGAAUUAGAGCUAAAAGGAGGAAGCACUUCUGAGAAGGGAAAUGUUGUAAGGAGAAGUGUAUCUUCCAGGUCAUUGUCAUCAAGAGUUGGGAGUGAAAUGAAAGCUCAAGGUCUUACUGAAGAUAAGCUGGUACUUCUGAAAGGGAUAAAUGGUGCUUUCAGACCAGGAGUUCUGACUGCUCUAAUGGGCAUAAGUGGGGCUGGAAAAACCACAUUGAUGGAUGUCUUGGCCGGUAGGAAAACCGGUGGAUAUAUAGAAGGAAGCAUCACUAUAUCGGGAUAUCCAAAGAAGCAAGAAACAUUUUCUCGAAUAGCAGGCUAUUGCGAGCAAACAGAUAUCCAUUCACCUCAUGUAACUGUAUAUGAAUCUCUGGUGUAUUCUGCCUGGCUUCGUUUACCUCCUGAAAUCGACACUGCAACCCAAGAGAUGUUCAUUGAAGAGGUAAUGGACCUUGUGGAGCUCACCUCAUUGAGAGAGGCACUAGUUGGACUGCCUGGAGUUAAUGGUCUCUCGAUUGAGCAGCGAAAGCGGCUCACAAUUGCUGUUGAGCUUGUGGCUAACCCGUCGAUAAUAUUUAUGGACGAGCCAACCUCGGGGCUAGAUGCUAGAGCUGCUGCAAUAGUGAUGAGAACAGUGAGGAACACAGUGGAUACAGGUAAAACUGUGGUUUGCACCAACCAUCAACCCAACAUCGACAUAUUCGAUGCUUUUGAUGACAAGGAUGCAGUAUUGUGUAGGGGUUGA